AUGUCAAACCACGCCAUUGUCUUGGGAAGCUCCGGCAUCAACGGCUGGGCUCUGGUGAACCAGUUGCUGGCUGGAUAUCCAGCCCCAGACGCGUUUUCCCGUGUCACGGCCGUUGCCCGCAGUCCCCUGACGGCCGAGGAGGCGCACUGGCCAGUGGAGGAGCGACUGCAGGUGGUUACAGGCAUCGACCUCCUGGCCGACGGGCUGAAGAAGACCCUGGCCGAGAAGGUGCCCAGCGUUGAGACGGUCAGCCAUGUGUACUACGCAGCCUACCUGGCCAAUGACAAUGCCGCCGAAGAGUGCCGGCAGAACAAGGAGAUGCUGGAGGCGGUGGUCACGGCGCUUGAGGCCCUCUCGCCGGCGCUGACCUUUGUCACCCUCAUCACCGGCACCAAGGCGUACGGCGUGUAUCUGCUGGAUCGCUUCCCCUACCGCGGCCAGACGCCCCUCCACGAGAGCCUGCCACGCGUUGAUACCAACGAACUCUUCUACUACCACCAGGUGGAUGCCCUGCGGACGCUUUCCGCCGGCAAGAGCUGGUCGUGGUGCGAAGUCCGGCCCGACGUGAUUGUCGGCGUGGCCCCGUUUGGCAAUGCCAACUGCAUGGCGCAGACGAUGGGCGUGUACCUGAGCCUGUUCCGCGCCAUCGAGGGCCCCGGGGCCCGCAUCGCCUUCCCCGGCAGCGAAGCCGGCUGGCGGGUGCGUUCCACCGACUCGAACCAGGACAUCAUCGCCCGCUUCUGCAUCCACGCCUCGCUGCAGCCCGCCGACCGGGUGCACGACCGCACCUUCAACAUCGCCGACGCCGCCACCCCGGUCUCGUGGGAGCAGCGCUGGCCCGUCCUCACGGCCUUCUUCGGCCUCGAGGGCGUCGGCCCCCACGAGGGCAGCGAGCAUCCCACCGCCUACCUCGAUCGCCACUGGGACCAGGUGCGCCAGAUCUGUGCCGCCAACGGCCUGCACGAGGAUACCGUCUACCGCAGCACGCACAACACCGGCGCCCGCAUGGGCAGCCUGCGCCUCAUGAAUUUCGACCGGCCCCUGGAUCUGACCCGCGCUCGCGAGCUAGGCUUUACCGACGAGAUGGACACCGCGGCAUCCUGGUAUCUGGCCUUCACCAGAGCGCGCGAGGCGAAGAUCUUACUGUAA